GGAAUUGGAGAGCUGUUUGUAAAAGCAAGCCAGGAAAACAACAACAGCAAAGCUCCUAGCACUGACAGCAAUCUCUUCUUCAGUAAUUUUCCACUUCAUGCCUCUCCUGUUCUUCAGGAUAUAAAUUUCAAGAUUGAGAAGGGACAGUUAUUAGCUGUUUCUGGUUCUACUGGAGCAGGCAAGACUUCUCUUCUGAUGCUGAUAAUGGGAGAAUUGGAGCCUUCACAGGGUAAAAUUAAACACAGUGGAAGGAUAUCCUUUUCACCUCAAGUCUCCUGGAUCAUGCCUGGAACAAUAAAAGAAAACAUAAUUUUUGGUGUAUCCUAUGAUGAAUACCGAUACAAGAGUGUCAUCAAAGCUUGCCAACUGGAAGAGGAUAUUUCCAAGUUCCCAGACAAAGAUUAUACAGUGCUGGGUGAAGGUGGAAUCAUUCUCAGUGGAGGCCAGCGAGCACGAAUCUCACUAGCAAGAGCAGUGUAUAAAGAUGCUGAUUUGUAUCUCCUGGAUUCUCCUUUUGGGCAUUUAGACAUUUUUACAGAAAAAGAGAUAUUUGAAAGCUGUGUAUGCAAGUUGAUGGUGAAUAAAACUAGGAUCUUAGUUACUUCAAAACUGGAACAUUUAAAGAUUGCUGACAAAAUACUAAUUUUACAUGAGGGGAGCUGCUAUUUCUAUGGAACAUUUUCUGAACUUCAGGGUCAACGGCCAGACUUCAGCUCAGAGCUGAUGGGAUUUGAUUCUUUUGAUCAGUUCACUGCAGAGAGAAGAAAUUCGAUACUAACCGAGACUCUCCGACGAUUUUCCAUUGAAGGAGAAGGCAUGGGAUCACGAAAUGAAUCCAAGAAGCAAUCUUUUAAACAGACCUCAGAUUUUAAUGACAUAAGGAAGAACUCCAUAAUUAUUAACCCCCUUAAUGCAGGGAGGAAGUUCUCAGUAGUGCAGAAGAAUGGAAUGCAGGUCAAUGGGAUAGAAGAUGGCUACAAUGACCCACCGGAAAGGAGGCUCUCACUGGUACCUGACUUGGAACAGGGAGAUGUAGGUCUGCUUCGGAGUAAUGUGCUAAACACUGACCAUAUGCUGCACGGUCGGAGGAGGCAGUCUGUGUUAAAUCUGAUGACGGGCACCUCUGUGAACUAUGGAUCAAACUUUUCCAAAAAGGGAAGUACAACAUUUCGGAAAAUGUCUAUGGUGCCCCAGACAAACCUGUCUUCUGAGAUAGAUAUCUAUACCAGGCGCUUGUCUCGAGACAGUGUCUUGGACAUAACUGAUGAAAUCAAUGAAGAGGAUUUGAAGGAAUGCUUCACUGAUGAUGCUGAAAGCAUGGGUACUGUUACUACAUGGAAUACCUAUUUCAGAUAUGUUACCAUCCACAAAAACUUGAUUUUUGUUCUGAUUUUGUGUGUGACUGUCUUCUUAAUUGAGGUAGCUGCUUCUCUUGCAGGAUUAUGGUUUCUUAAAAAGAUAGCAUUGAAAGCAAAUACAACACAAUCAGAAAACAGUACCUCUGACAAACCUCCUGUGAUUGUCACUGACACUAGCAGCUACUACAUCAUUUAUAUCUACGUGGGAGUGGCAGAUACCCUGCUUGCUAUGGGACUCUUCAGAGGUUUGCCCCUUGUGCAUACGCUUAUCACAGUGUCUAAAACUCUUCAUCAAAAGAUGGUGCAUGCGGUUCUUCAUGCACCUAUGUCAACAUUCAACUCGUGGAAAGCAGGUGGUAUGCUUAACAGAUUUUCAAAAGAUACGGCAAUACUGGAUGACUUACUUCCACUUACAGUAUUUGACUUCAUUCAGUUAAUACUGAUUGUGAUUGGCGCUAUAACAGUAGUCUCAAUAUUACAACCCUACAUCUUCCUGGCAUCAGUGCCUGUGAUAGCAGCCUUUAUUAUGUUAAGGGCAUACUUCCUCCACACUUCUCAGCAGCUGAAACAACUGGAAUCUGAAGCUCGGAGUCCAAUAUUCACCCAUCUUGUUACAAGUUUAAAAGGACUGUGGACACUGAGAGCUUUUGGGCGGCAGCCAUAUUUUGAGACCUUAUUUCACAAAGCCCUGAACCUACACACGGCAAACUGGUUCCUUUACCUGUCAACACUGCGCUGGUUCCAAAUGAGGAUAGAAAUUAUUUUUGUUGUCUUUUUUGUUGCUGUGGCAUUCAUCUCUAUCAUGACUACAGGUGAUGGACCAGGAAGAGUUGGCAUUCUUCUUACUUUAGCUAUGAACAUCAUGGGAACCUUGCAGUGGGCAGUAAAUUCAAGCAUAGAUGUGGAUAGUUUGAUGCGGUCUGUCGGACGAAUAUUUAAAUUCAUUGACAUGCCAACAGAAGAGAUGAAGAACAUUAAGCCGCAGAAGAAUAAUCGGCUUUCAGAUGCCUUUAUAAUUGAAAACAGGCAUGUGAAGGAAGGAAAGAACUGGCCAUCUGGGGGCCAAAUGACUGUGAAGGACCUUACAGCCAAAUAUGGUGAAGGAGGAGCUGCUGUAUUAGAAAACAUUUCCUUUUCAAUAAGUUCGGGGCAGAGGGUGGGCCUUUUAGGAAGAACUGGUUCAGGAAAAAGCACUUUACUGUUUGCAUUUUUAAGACUGCUGAAUACAGAAGGGGAUAUCCAGAUUGAUGGAGUCUCCUGGAACACGGUCAGUGUGCAGCAAUGGAGAAAAGCAUUUGGAGUGAUUCCUCAGAAAGUGUUCAUAUUUUCUGGAACUUUCCGGAUGAAUUUGGAUCCUUAUGGGCAGUGGAGUGAUGAAGAAAUAUGGAAAGUUGCAGAGGAG